GAGCGGCUGCUGCUGCCGUGGGAACCGCGCUGCCUCGACUCUGCUACCCCUGGCUGGGCCGCCGGGCGAAGCGGCUCCUGGUGGCUCCUGGUCGCUUAGCGCAAUCCUUCCUGCAGGGCCACGGAGACCGGAAGGCGGCAUCCGCAGCUCUCCACGCCGGAGCAACCGCUGUCCACCAGCCGAGCGCUGGUAAAGAAAGGGACCGCGAUCGCCCGGCCAGGAGGAGGAGGAAAAAUCACCACCGGGUCUGAGUGACUCACCCCCCGGGGAAUCGAGGUCUGCGGGGCUGGGGAAAGAGCACCUCCGCGGCCCUACUGCGCUGAGGCAGGAGGUGGGUUCCGCUGGAUGCUGGCGAAUAGGCCACGAAAAGCUGAAUCCGAACUUGAAUUCUGAUUGCAGAGCUGGUAAGCCAAUGAUUUGGAUGGGGGUAACAGGGUGGGUCAAUUUGGCUUGUAUUUACAAGGUGGGAGAGGGAAUUUUCCAUCUGGCUACAGCAGAGGAGGGAGAGAGAGAGCAGGAUGAGUGAUGAGGAUGCUUCUGACCCUUCCCUGCCCUGCCCUGCUUUCCGCGAUGGCGUUGAAGACUGGGAUCUGCAACCUCACGUGCCCUGACAUCGACCUAUCCCGGAAUCGAGCUUUCUCACCUAGGCACUUGUUGCAGAUGCUGAACGUGAAAUAAGGGCGUGCACUUGUUUCCGAGCUCAUAUAAAAAUCUGAGAAAUAACGGAGAAAACUUGGCGAAGGGGGUGUGGUUGAGACCCGAGACCAUGAGUUUAAUGGAGAUCUUAUUUGCCAUCACACAUCUGAGACUUAGUCCUUUGCACUCUGUUUUGAGAGCCCAAUAUCGGUUCCACGCACUGCCUAUUUCCUCUAGAACUCUAAGCCGCAGUUGCUCCCCCUCCUGGAAGAUUGGUUGGGCAGGGGGGAGGGGGGGAUGGUUGUAGUUCUGAAAAGCAGCCUUCUAGCCUGGGAACACCCACUAGCUCCUGAAGGCUGUAAUUGCCAGAUUCCUGCAGGAUAUUUUCAGGGCAGUAGGCAAAUGGAAAAUGUAUGGCAAGGUGUUUAGAAAGUUGAAGAAAAUGACUGUAGGCUUCUUCCUUGCCUUUACUGACUCCCCCCCCCUUUUCUUUACAGUCCCUACUGAUAUACAAGGAAGGCAGGCAGAGCCCCUCAACGUCACUUUGGGGAUUUCGUUCGCAGAUUCAGCUUUUCCAAAAAGCCCGAGCCUUGCGUUAUAUUCAGAUAGAUGAUCUUCUUGGGCAUGGCUAGCAUAAUUGCACGUGUGGGUAACAGCGGGCAGCAGAGUACACCCUUGCCACCUUGGGCCCAUUCCAUCUUGAGGUCCUUGGGGAGGAGUCUUGGUCCUUUAAGGGUCAAUAUGGUGGAAAGAAACAUGAAGUUGUUCUUGGGAAGGGCGGUGCCAUCCCAAGGGGAAGAAACCUUUGAAAACUGGCUGAUCCAAGUCAAUGGGAUCCUGCCAGAUUGGAAUAUGUCUGAGGAGGAAAAGCUCAAGCGCUUGAUGAAAACCCUGAGGGGCCCCGCGAGGGAGGUCAUGCGUUUGCUGCAGGCAGCCACCCCUAACCUAAGUGUGGCAGAUUUCUUGCGUGCCAUGAAACUGGUGUUUGGGGAUUCUGAAAGCAGUGUCACUGCCCAUGGUAAAUUCUUUAACACUUUGCAGGCACAAGGGGAGAAAGCCUCCCUUUAUGUGAUCCGUUUAGAAGUGCAGCUCCAGAAUGCUAUUCAGGCAGGGAUCAUAGCUGAGAAACACACAAACCAGACUCGCCUGCACCAGUUCCUUUUAGGGGCUGGACUGCAUGGGGACCUGCACUUCAGGCUGAAGCUUCUUCUCAGGAUGUAUGCACAUGAUCCGGAGCGUCUUCCCAACUUCCUGGAGUUAAUCAAGAUGAUAAGGGAGACAGAAGACUGGGAUGACACUUUUAUGAAACGGAAGCGUUUCAAAAGAUCUGAGCUAAUCACGGAGAGGGCAGCGAGCCCCAUGGCAUUUCAGGGCCCCCAGCUAACAGCCAUCAGCAGUGCUGAUUGCAGCGUGAUAGAGAUAGAUGAUACUCGGGAUGACUUGGAUGAGGAUGUGAUCCUGGUGGAGCCUCAGAACCCUCCACUUACAUACACAGGUGCUCCUCCCCACAGAAUGAGAGCCAGACUGCAGGACCAAAUACUGGCCAUUGAGUCCCCAAACAGUUCCCAGGCUCAGUGGCCUUCUACCAGUAGUGGUUCUGCACAUAAGAAUGAUAGUCCUGGGGAUAUCCGUAGAGCCAGGAAGAGAAAAUAUACAGUCUGCUGUUCCUAUUGUAGUGAGGAGGGCCAUUCAAAGGAAACCUGUGACAAUGAGUGCAACAAGGCCCAGGUAUUUGAGAAUCUGAUCAUCACCCUGCAGGAGCUGACACCUGCAGAGGAGGAGAGGUCAAAAGAGGUCCCUGGUGAACACAACGACCUCUUUGAGCCACAGUAAGGUGCUAGACCCAGCCCUGAGUGAACCCUUAACUGUAUUCAAAGAGUGAUGACAGGAAAAACAGGGGUGGGGUGGAGGAAGCGUCUAUAGGCAUAAAUUAAUACACAAAGUGGCUUUCUUUUGGGAAGAACAACAACAUUGAUAGGAGGGCCUAAUCUCUGUCUCUGCUCCUUCCUCCAUCUGCCUGAGGGUCUGUUCUCCAUGCGUGUGUCUAUUUCCUUGAGGACUUUAUUCUUUCUAGGAAAGGAGAAUAACUUAUUGUUAAACCUUCAAAAAAUGAAAGAAGAUACAAAAGCUAAAGUACAAAUGACCUGAAACGCUUCACUCUUGUCAUUCUUUGGAUGAACAUCCUAGCAAUUUCCCUAUUCCUUUGUACCGAGAUAGAUAUACGUGUAGAUAAAACUGAUCAAUGUAAAUGCUGUUCUAUACUGUGUAUCUUUUCAUCUAAUAAUAUAUGCUGUGGA